AAGAAGAAGAAGAAGAAGAAGAAGAAGAAUAAGAGGAGAAAACAGCCGAUCAAAAAACUACGUUUCCCAUGUUGCAUUGCGCACCCCACAUCCACAUCUGACGUCAAACUCGUGCUGCCUGCAGCUACUAGCCAAACGUCAACACUGCGCUCACGUUUUGUCAUUCUUCUGUGUAUGUACUGUAGCUUUCCUCUCGGCAGACAUGUCCGGAAAGGCCAAGGACAUCCUCAAAAUGGACCUGUACGGUUUACUCGGCUGUGACAUCACCGCUACAACGAAAGAGAUCAAGAAAGCUUAUCGACAGAAAGCCCUGACAUGCCAUCCAGACAAGAACCCAGACAACCCAAAAGCAGCUGAGCUCUUCCACCAGUUGUCCCAGGCUCUCGAGGUGCUAACUGAUGCUGCCGCCAAGGCUGCCUACGACAAGAUUUGCGCUGCCAAGAAACAAGCAGAAGAAAGAACCAGGAAACUAGACGACAAGAGAAAGAAAAUCAAGCUUGACUUGGAGGCCAGAGAACGACGAGCAGAAGCUCAGAGCCAGGAGUCGGUGCAAAACACUAGAUCACUUGAAGAAGAGAUUGCCCGUUUAAGGGAGGAGGGAUCCAGACAGCUCGAGGAGGAACAGAGGCUCGUCAGAGAGCAGAUCCAGAGGGAAAAGGAAGAACAGCAGCGGCAAUCGGGAGACUGCACUCAGAGAAACUCUGGUGUGGAGAGAUGUUCCAAGAGCGGCGUGACCCCCAAACUGAAGUUGAAGUGGAAGUGUAAAAAGGACGAUGAGACGAAUGGAGGCUACUCUCAAGACGUUCUUUUAAGACUUCUACAAAAGUAUGGGGACGUUUUGAAUGUGAUUCUAUCGAGUAAGAAGACAGGAAGUGCCGUGGUGGAGUUUGCAACUGUGAGAGCAGCUGAGCUGGCGGUUGAAAAUGAAUGUGGCCUGAGUGGAAACCCCUUGAAGAUAUCGUGGCUGGAAGGAAAACCCGAGGUUAUUGCUCCAGUAUCUCAACCUGGCCAGUUCCCGUCUUCACAGGGCGCCCUGACGAACGAGCGCGACUACGAGAGUGUGGUGAUGAUGAAGAUGAGGCAGGCUGCCGAGCGACAGAGACUCAUAGAACAAAUGCAAAGAGAAGACGAGGACGAGUCGUAGCACAGAAGAACUCCCCUUGAGAUCAUCCAUUGAUCAGCGCAGAACUGGCACAAACUCGGCAGAUGGCUGCGCUGCUGGGGACGUUCAGUACAUUGUCAUGUUGCAUGGAGGCUGCAGACAGGAAGUCAAGGUAAUGUCAUUGUGCACACAAUAUAAUUUAUAUCUAACUGAAAGUCAACUUCAUAUAAGACAGCUUUAUUUGUAAAUCACGAGUAUGAACAUUGGUCCAUAUUUGAUCCUUGGAUCAAAAAUAUUAGCAUGCAAUUAACUCCUUAUAACAAUCUAAAAACUGGGAGAAGGUGAAACUGAUUCAGUCAGUGAGCUGCCAUAUAUAGCUGACUAUCUUACUAGAGUAUAUUUCUCCCCUCAAAAGUUCUCUCUUGAAAUUAACACUCAUUACUUUUUGUCCACAAUACAACAGACAGACAGACAGGGAACAAAAUGCUCAGCAGUUUACUUUACUUACCAACUUGGCAUUCUAUUUUAUAGAUAAUCCAGCCACUUGGCUUUCAGUAUGCACAAACACUAAUGGUCUGUUAUAUUGGCUUUUUCCAAAAUAACAAGAGGCACCAACUGAAUUGUUCCAGGCCAACAUACAACAUAUAAACUAGAACAUAUUCCACUGAUAUAAGAACAACAAUCACACUUGAUAAUCAAAGAUGUUUGAAAUCGAUCAUCCAUGAGAUCACACUUCAUGGUAUAUAUUGGUUCUACCUGUAUUAUAUUUGUUGUUGUUUUGUUGAUACACGUUCCAUCACUGCACAGUAUUUUUUGCAUGCCAAAUUCAAAGUUCAGACUAUGCACUGUAGUUUAUUUAGUAUAUGUAGUGUUUUUUGUUGACAAGGAUUUCCUUUUACAUUGUACUGUAUUUUUUUGUGUGUAGUUAGUUGGUAAAGAUAAACAUAAUUUCCUCUAAAUUUAUUAGAUAAUAUCUAUCACUUUUAUUAGUUUUUUUGACAGUUGGGGGGCGGGGGUUAUCAUUUGUAGUCAGAAAAUAUGAAUUUAAAUCACAAAUCAUUAGGGAUCUCAAAAGUGGCCCAUCAUAUCGCAUAACGUGGUGACCUCUAAUGCCGUAUUGCAGAUUAGAAUACAUUUGUCUGUAUGUGGUCCGAGUAUUUAGUCUUUGUUCACUGUUCACUGUGCUGUAAAAGAGCCACAGGAGAUUGGCUCUGCAACACCACGCAGCGUCAAAGGGGUAUAAUGAUGCAAUUUACAUCUGUCAGCCAUCGUCUGGUUAGCUGCGACAACUCAUUGCCUCAUUAUUGUAGCCAACCAUUGUGGGAUUUAGAAAUCAUUUCUGUUGUCUGCAUAUUCAUUUAAUAAUUGUAAAAAUGUGUUGUAGCAAUCCAAACUGCAGAAUCAUCUCCUCCUCUAUAUUAACUCAGUAAUCAGACUGUGAUCGGAGCACUAGGUUUGGAUUUAUGGGAAUACUCGUGGUCCCAUGUGAUGAGCAGUGAACAUACUCUGGAGGCGAGGCAGAUCUGGUGGUUUGGGUGAUCGUUCCCUGGGCUUUGUACACAGUGCAUUGAAAUCUCUUCACCAGACUAAGAGGCCUUUGGACUGCACAGUUUAAUGGCUGCACAAUGUUUGUAGUAUUUGUAUGUAAUUGCCAAGAUGCCCUAUGCAACUCAUGCACCUAAUAACAUUGGUGUUCUGCCGUGCAGAGGUAGUCCUGAUCCAGUGGCCGAAGCUCUUAGCAGACAACCAUCACCACGACUCGCUCCAGGCAAGAAAUCACCAGCUGAGAAAACGUACAAAUAGCUCCUUUAAGUAAUACGUUAAAAAAAACAAUACUUGAAUAGUUUGAACAAUAUACCUUUUCACUUUCUUGCUGAGAGUUAGAUGAUGUUGAGAUUAUUUAAGCCUAGAUUAUAGACUGGGGAAACAAACGUAAACAAUCCACCUUCCAGCAUCUUUAAAACUCAUCAAUUAGCACAUUUUAUCAAGUCUGUUGAAGACGAUUAAAAACCAAACUGUAUAAAUGACCAGUUGCGGUUUGACAGCAGGUCGGAUGUUGAACUAUUUCUUGGCAGCUUUCUGGAGUUUGCCCGUCAACCAGCUGAGACUCUGGAAAAUCACUGCCCCUAUGCGAACCAAGGACUGGUCUGGCACAAACCCCCUCCUCCGUACGACUGCAUCUGGCUCCAGCGUAGAAAUUUAAAUGGACGGACAUUAAAGUAGUAUUGACCUGCUCUUCGAAAUCUCAGUAAUAGCAAAUUGAUUUCUUUCUACGCAAAAGCAAGAACUACUGAUUUAAUAACCAACUGAAAAGCUUUGAUAUAAGGAGCCCUCGAAUCCUUUCUGAAUUACGUCUACCUUGUGAUAACUCUACUCAAAGCAAUGCAAAAGGGAAAUCUCUCACAGAAUUUUUCCUGCAUCGCAUUGCAGGUGUAAACAAAUUUAAGAUUCAUCAGCAGUGGGUUGAGGCAUUUCAGUGUUCCUUCUUUAACCGAAGAACAUGCCACCUGCCUCAAAACUGUCAACGAAUUGACUCUUUGACUCUGUUUCUGUUUUAAGCAGUAUCACAACAAGCUUAUGUAACCGAUACCUAGAAGGUGGUCCUUAUUGCUUGUUUCUGCUUUUGGAAGUGACACUACCGCUCUGUGACCCACAUUGUGUCAGACGUUACAGUGCCAGAUUGUUGUGGUUACCCUAGAUUUUAUAACAAGGUCCUCUGCCUGUGGAACAUCUAUUAAUCGAAAGUCUUAUUUCCCCCCGUCCCUUGGGGGGAACUAUGGCGUAAUGGUGUGUCUGUGUUCUUUGGGCUUGUGUGGCUGCGCUUUCCCUUGUCAUUGUGUUAUUUAGGAGACUCAUGGCAGCUUUGCAACAUCCAAUCCAGCCAUCCAUCUCCCUACCACCCCUUCUCUGCCUCGCUGUGGCUCUGUUACACAAUGUCCAGCUGCGGAGUGGUGUGGUGGGAGACAUCUGCUCCUCUGCUCUUGCAAAAUCCCCUCAUCACAUGGAUUGGUUUAUGUGUAGCCUUUUUCAUAUCCCGGCAAUGUGAAGAAAAAAAACAAACUGUCCAAAUGACAACAGAGGAAAUACAAUUACAGGAAACACAUUCACCACCAACCCUGAGCCCACAGUGGCUUGUGCUGCAUGUGAACCAGGAUGGGAGGAUGAGGCCGUUGGAUGCUCCGUCCUAUCAACGACUACAGUGGAGCCGUUGCAUCUUUACAGUAUCCUCUUCCUCCCAGUUUUUCCGUGGAUUUCUGCAAUGUCAGUGUAAUCAAAAGGCGUCUGGAAUCCCCGCGGUCACAGAAGUGGGAAGCACCACUACCUUUUGAUCUUUAGUGCCGAGGUGGAAGCUAAGUCAUGUGUGAGGCAGCAGAUCUGGUCAAAUUUUUGGCUGUGAGCUUGCUGGCAGAGUUUCUGGUUUUGCGGGUUAGUGAUCCGGGGCUGGCCCCAGACGUGCUGGCAGACCUGCGGCUGUAACUAAAACCACCCACCACAGGUUUUUAAUUUUUUGCUCUCACAGGCAAACUCCUGCACUCUGUGCCUGCAGUGCUAAUGCCUCAUGUUUGUGCGUCCCUGUCAGGUGCCGCA